CAUUCAUCAACAUACACAGUUUAGCUUCAUUUCUUCAACCAUGGAGAUGUGGUGUCUACGGGCGUUUCUUCUUCCUUCGACCAUCGUCUUCUUCUUCUUUGUCCCUCAGAUUCUCGUGCAGUUCACCUAUGCUUCGGUUGAGGAGUUCACUCGACCCACCGCCGGGAACAUCAUACUCACCAAGCACGAGCGGUCCGAGUCGGAGCCUCAACAGGUGCAUAUUUCGCUCGCUGGUAGUGACCAUAUGAGAGUAACAUGGGUCACGGAGGACCACAGGUCGCAUUCGACGGUGGAGUACGGCACAGCGCCGGGACAAUACACCACCAGGAUAAGAGGAAAGCAUACAUCCUAUACGUUCUUUUCCUACACCUCCGGCAAAAUCCACCAUGUCAAGAUCGGGCCGUUGGAGCCGGAAACCACUUAUUACUACCGCUGCGGUGCAUCCGGCCCGGAGUUCUCCUUCAAGACGCCGCCUUCCACCUUCCCCAUCGAAUUCGCAGUGGUUGGUGAUUUAGGGCAAACGGACUGGACCAAAUCGACCCUAGAGCAUGUCGAGAGCAAGGACUACGACGUCUUCUUGCUCCCAGGAGACCUCUCCUACGCCAACAGCCAGCAGCCACUUUGGGACUCCUUUGGCCGCCUGGUUGAGCCAGUUGCAAGCCGCCGACCGUGGAUGGUCACCGAGGGCAACCAUGACGUCGAGAUGGUCCCCGUCGUCAGCCCCCAAGGGUUCAAGUCUUACAACGCCCGGUGGCUUAUGCCCUACAAGGAAAGUGGGUCUGAAUCGAACCUCUAUUACUCCUUCGAUGUCGCUGGGGGCAGCAUCCACAUCAUUAUGCUGGGGUCAUACACCGAGUUCGACUCUGACUCGGCUCAAUAUGAGUGGCUUCAACAGGACCUGGCCAAGAUUGAUCGGAGGACAACGCCGUGGGUGUUUGUGCUAUUGCACGCGCCGUGGUACAACACGAAUACAGCUCAUCAAGGGGAAGGUGAGGAAAUGAGGAAGGCGAUGGAGGAAUUGUUGUAUGGUGCACGGGUUGACAUCGUCUUUGCCGGGCAUGUUCAUGCCUAUGAACGAUUUACUAGGGUUUAUGACAAUGAUGCUGACUUAUGUGGACCGGUCUAUGUGACCAUUGGCGAUGGAGGAAAUAGAGAAGGGCUUGCAAUGUCGUACAAGGAACCAGCUUCGCCUCUAUCGAUGUUCAGGGAGGCGAGCUUCGGACACGGGAGACUGAGGGUAGUCAACCAUACGCAUGCGCAUUGGUCGUGGCACCGCAACAAUGAGGCCAGCUCCGUGGUCGCCGAUGAGGUUUGGCAAGAGAGCUUGAGCACCUCCAGUACUUGCAUGGGUCAAGAACCAUCUUCACUUAAGGACGAACUCUGAGAACAAACGAAGCCCCGAUAAAGAUCCUUAGCUUCCGCAUCGAUCGAAUUGCAUGUUUGGUGGGUGUGGGUCGAUAUGUUGAAGGGUCCCAAAGAAUUUAGUCAAAUUGCAUGUUUGGCAAUCUUUCUAUUCCCUGUAAAUUCCUUCUGAGAUACAGUUUCUUGUAACUAGAUGGGAUUUUUACCCUUUGUUAAUGACACAAAUAAUUCCU